AAGAUAAUUUUGACCUGCAGAAGGUGCUGGAAAGCGGUGAAACAUCAGUGGCGGCAAAAUAAAUGAAUUUCGUCAUUGCUUGAUUUUGAGUUAUUUGGAUAUUCAUAAACAAUCAAUUCUUGACCACAAUUGAACCAGAUAAUCUAUUAUCGUCUCCUUGAUGGCGUAUCGACUCGUCGCGGCGCUUGCAACGCCUUCUCAAUUAUCACGGGCAGGCGCUUUCACUCUACGAAACUCGUCAAUUUUAGGGCAAUCGCAGUGCAUAUGCCGCUGUCAUCGGUCUCGGAAUUUUUCAUCAUCUGCAAGAUUUUAUCGUCAGAACAACGAGUACAAGGAAUCCUUUGGCACGAGAUUACGGAGGGCUCUGAAUGACACAAAAAUAACAUGGUAUCAUAUACCUGUAGGAUUGGGUAUAGGCUUCCUAGGGCUUGUUCAGAUACAUCGGUUGAAUGAGCGGGAGAAGGCAAGGAGGGAAGAAGACGGAGAUGGGAUUAACGAUAGAGACUAUCAAGGACGACCUAAAACGAGAGAAAGAGUAAGGCCCUCAGGACCAUGGUAUGUUAUUUCCGGUGUUGCAAGUGUUCCGCUGACACAAUUACAGGCAGGUUCAAGUAAUGUCGACACUUCCUCUGAAAGCUAUGUCAAGAAUAUGGGGCAGAUUUAAUGAAUUGGAAAUACCUUACUAUUUGCGAGUACCCGGGUUUAAAUUAUAUUCUUUUAUUUUCGGCGUUAAGUAUGUGCACUUCUCAAUCCCCAAAAUAUACAAUCUCUAACUCUGUGUCUGCUAGUCUCUCUGAAGUAGCAGAGCCUGAUCUUCACGUAUAUCCUAAUCUAGCUUCGUUCUUCUAUCGCACCUUGAAGCCAGGAGCUCGCCCACUUCAUCCGAACCCAAAUGCAUUGCUUUCCCCAUCUGAUGGUCGAAUUCUUCAGUUUGGUGUCAUCGAAAGUGGCGAGGUAGAGCAAGUCAAGGGAAUGACGUAUAGUCUGGAUGCCCUUCUUGGUACCAGUAAACCGGCUACAACUCCAAAUCCUGCGAGUCCUUCCAACAUAUUCACCCCACCUCAAGAUACCAAACCGAAACAAAGCAGGGCGAGAUAUAGCGACGGAGAUGAGGAGAUUAUCAAGCAAGACGAAAAGUUCGCGACCGUCAAUGGCAUCUCAUAUACUCUUCCAAACUUACUCUCAGGACCGCCCCAAAAGCAACUAGGAAAGAAGACAAGUGAUGCCUCCACUACACCAAAGGCAGCUUCUGAAGCAGAAGUCCGCGCUGACCUUGCUCUUGGAGAAAAGCCAUGGUAUUCUCGACUUACUUCCGAGAAUAGGACCGCUUUGUACUAUGUAGUUGUAUAUUUGGCACCUGGUGACUACCACCGUUUCCAUUCUCCAACUGCUUGGGUUGUUGAGAAGCGACGUCACUUCGCUGGAGAAUUAUACUCGGUAUCUCCCUAUCUUCAACGAACAUUACCAGGGUUGUUUGUACUGAAUGAGCGGGUUGUACUUCUUGGCAGAUGGAGGUGGGGCUUCUUCUCCUACAUUCCUGUCGGUGCCACAAAUGUGGGCUCCAUUAAGAUCAAUUUUGAUCGAGAGCUACGAACAAAUUCUUUAACAACGGAUACUGCUGCCGACAGAGCUGCUGAUGAAGCCGCGAAACGCGGGGAGUCUUAUAGCGGGUUUGCUGAAGCUUCUUACGAGGCUGCGAGUCCCAUACUCCACGGCCAUGCCUUAAGGAGGGGUGAAGAAAUGGGAGGAUUUCAGUUAGGAAGUACAGUUGUACUUGUGUUUGAGGCACCUAAAGGAGAAAGACCAAGUCUUGAUGAAGGUUGGAUGGGACAAAAGAGAAAAGGAGGUUGGAACUGGGCCAUCGAGAAGGGUCAACGGGUUAAAAUGGGCGAACAAUUAGGAUGGGUCGAUGAAGCGUAACCUUGAAAGGAAAGUUGAGUGAGAAUCUUACAAAGAUUACUUAAGCAGGUCAAUGUACCUAGUAGAUCAUUCUCAUGUAGGAGAAUUUGGAGAAUUUGGUAUCUUUCUGAGUUGUUAAAAGUGGCUUAGAAUCAAUCAUAAGGGUCCUCAACCUUGAUGGGUUGGCCAUCAAGGUGCCCAAUCACAAAUCUUGUAUAUACUACCUAAUUACAUAGAAUCCUUCGUUUUCUGUAUCGACAGCAAUAAAAGAUCUUCUGC